UUUAGAUUCUUUCCAAAUCAAGGAACGGGCGCAACAUCAACACCAAAUUCAAUUCGUUCGCCCAACAACAGAUUUUAAUUGGCAUCAAACGAAGCCAACACAACCAAACACCAACUCCUCCAAUUCAACCUACAACAAAAAAUUAGCUCACAUUUGCUAUUUUAAUUAUGGGAUUACAAAAACAAUAUUUGAAAUAUGGACAAACUGCAAGAGACAAGAUAUUUGGAUUACCGCCAGAUACACGACGAAAUGGACCGACACCACUAUCGAUGCUGAUAUCACAUGGAGCUAAAUUUAAUAAUAAUAGUGUUGCUGUGAUAAUUUUAGGAAUAAUUACACUCAUCGUGGGUGUACUUUUAUCAUCUAUUCCAUGGAUAGAUUAUUUUAUUUUAAAGAAUUUAAGACUUUGGAAUAACACACUUAGUUUUCAUUACUGGCAACGGCCAGGUGUAAUACGCUUAACUAAAGUCUAUAUAUUCAAUGUGACGAAUCCGGAUGGAUUUUUGAAUGGUGAAAAGCCAAAAUUGGUUGAAAUUGGACCAUUUGUGUACAGAGAGGAUAUGGAAAAGGUGAACAUUAAGUUUCAUGAUAACUAUACGGUUACCUAUCAACAUAAGAAAAUUUUGCAAUUUGUGCCUGAACUAAGUAUCGACAGAAAUGUUCGUGUUAUGACACCAAACAUCCCCUUAUUGACAUUAUCUUCGCAAUCGAAUAAAAUUGGUGCAAUACUUGGGGCGGGCGUAUCAUUUGCGCUCACAAUGACGAGGCUACUGUACGGGCCGAAGUUUCAGCCGUUUAUAUCGGUGACGGUGAACGAAUUACUAUUUGGUUAUGAGGAUACACUUGUUAAUAUGGCGCACACAUUUUAUCCGCGUAAUAUACGACCAGAUAUGUCGAAAAUGGGUCUGCUACUUGGCCGCAAUGGAACUUUAACCGAAGUCUCUACAAUAAACACUGGUCAUAAUGGUAUGGAUAAAUUUGGUUAUCUCGAUCAAUUGAAUGGAAUGGAUUCGUUACCGUUUUGGGAUAGUGAACCGUGCACAAAUAUUACCGCCUCCGAAGGCUCCUUUUUUCCACCCAGAGAAUACACAAAAACCGAUAUGCGAUAUGUUUAUGACAAGGAUUUAUGUCGUAUUUUGCCGCUUGAAUUCCGUAACACCGUCUAUAAAGAUGGUAUACCGGCUGAUUUGUACAGUACACCGGACAACAUUUACGGUGAUUCUGAGAAAAAUUCAAACAAUUCAUGUUUUGAUACCGAAGAUUAUAAAGCCCCAAGUGGUCUUCAGAACAUAAGCCCUUGCCAAUACAGCGCUCCAGUUUACAUUUCGAAUCCACAUUUCUACUUGGCCGAUCCAGAACUUUUGAAUGCUGUCGAUGGUUUAGAACCAAAUCAAUCCCUUCAUGAAACAUACUUUAAAAUUCAACCGAAAUUGGGCGUUCCACUUGAAGGAAAAGUACGGGUUCAAUUAAAUUUGAAAGUUGAUCAAUCGAUUUACAUCAGUUCAUUGAAGAAUUUCCGCAGCUUCAUUUUCCCCAUCAUUUGGGUUGAAGAGGGUAUUGCCGAAUUGACACCAUCAAUACGACGUUGGAUCUACUUGGCAACCGUAUUUGGUCCGGCCGCAUUGCCAAUUCUAUCAUACAGCAUGAUAUUGGCCGGUUCAUUUAUGUUGAUGUUUAUAUUUGUGCGUGCUUACAAGAAUUUUGUCUUUCAUUCGGAUCCAACCGUUGAAUUGCUCGAAAUGGGCCGACGAUCAUUACGGCGAGGUAGCAGUUUUUUGGUUCAACAUCAACACCGAAUAAUGUUGCACCAUCAUCAACGUGACAGUUAUAUGUUACUCAAAACCAAUACAAAUGACAUCGAUCUGCUGACAUAGUGUAGAGAAAUUUAAAGCGAAAAAAAAAACACGAGAAUACUUUCCUAUUUUAAAUGAUACACAAUUUCUGUUGAUAAUUUUACUGCAUAGAAUCUACAUUUAAUUUAAUUUCCUACACCAAUACAACGACAACAAACCUGUUCCAUUGCCAAUCAUGCAAAGAACUGCACACUGCAUUGUAACUUGUAUCACAAGUUUCAGCAGAAAAUUCACUUUGAAUUGGUUCUUGAAUACUUUUAAAACAAAUCAAUAGAAUACGAACAAAGACUUGUUGUUUUGCCUUUCGAUUAUGACAGUGACUGCCAUUGAUUUCGCAUCGAAAACAAAAUUCCGAUCAUUUUAUCUAUGUUAUAAAUAGGAAUAAUACAUCGCAGCAUUUGAAUUGUAUCUAUCAGCCGCUCAAUUUAACACUUGUCACAAAAUUAUAAAGCCAAAAUCGUUGCGUUGCAAUUCUCAUUGAAAGCAAACACUAAAAAUGCACCAUGUUUAAAACAAAAGACGUUGGAAUUAUUUCCUGGGCUUGGACUACAUACUUGGAGAAAGUUUCGGAAAAUAAUAAUCCAAAUUUUUGAAAUUGUGAUCGUUUUUUAGCUGUAGAUUUAGAUGAUGUCGAUGAGAGUAUGGCUUAUUUAAAAAAAAAAAAUGGUCCAUUCAAAGCCAAAUUAAUAUUAAAUAUGAAAAUUGUGUGCUAAAUGAAUAUUUGUUUAUAGUUGUACGUAUUAACUUAGGUUUAUUUAAUGUUUGUUUGCCAUGUAAAAUCAUUUAGAUUGUAGCGAAUAUUUAAUAAUAUAGUGUAUUGUUGAGACGACCGAAAUUGAAGAGGAAGCCAACUAUACAUAUAUUGUGCAGGGCUGUUUAGACUCAUCAACAUGAGACAAAUGAAAAAUGUGUUUGUUUUGACAAAUGUUGAUGCAUUCCAUGAAUUUUUAACUCAAUUAAUCAAUUGAGUCGCUCAAAUUGUGUAAGUCUUCAACGUGCAAUUAAGCGAAAGAUAACAAAGAACCAAAAUGCAAUGAAAGAAACCAGUAUGGAGAAAUAGAAGGAAAAAAAACGAGACAUUUUUCAAAUAUUGAAGAGUUCUGCCGUCAAAUCGGCCGUUUGCCAUUAUGCACCUGUAAUGAUGAUGGUCAACGAUUGACACCAUAAUUUCUUUUUUACCUUUUCUGAAUCUCACUCAGCUUACCAUUUAAUGCCAAUAGGAAUACUUUAUCCGAUUCGUCACAUUUAGUAGGUAUGCUGUUGUUUUAUUUUUCUUUUGUGUAUGUGCAUGCAUUCCAAAAUAAAACCAAAUUGCAAAACAAUUACCGUCCAUGCAAUUUUUAGAAUUGCAAAUAAAAUGUGUAAAUAAAUGUAGUUUUUAAAAUUGAUUUUCAUGUUUAAAUUUUUGUGGAAACGAAAUUUCAUUUUGUUGGUAUUAUUUUCUAUUUAACAAAGCAAAAAAAAAAAUUGUUGUUUGGUCCGUCCAAAUUUUUUAUACAUUUAAUGUUUGAAUGCUUUUGACCAAAUUUUAAACGAGUGAAUGUUUUAGCUUUUAAAUGAAUUAGAUUAACAAAAAUAAAAUUUAAAAAAUAAAUAAAUUUAUUUAAUUUGUGAAAUGACAAGAGAGAAAGAAGAAAAAUAUGAAAAAGUAAUUUCAAUUUAGGGAAAAUACCAUUUUUUAGCAAGA